GUUCGUUUGUCUCACACUAAAUUAUAAGUGUUGGUUAAUUAUAUAACGACUAUUUAGGCAAUUAAAUUGACAGGGAGUAAUAUUUUGUAUAAAUACUCCUCGUCAUUGUUAAAAAUCGGAAUUAGCGAAAAUCCGGAGAAUCUAGCAUUUAGCUCGGUGAAAAGCGAUCGGUGAACUGGUAACUGUGGAUUUUUAUUUGCUGACUGUGCAGUAAAAAAGUGUAUGUAGUACUUAGAAGGGUAAAUAAAAUUUGCAGUUUGCUUGAAUAGAUUGACAAAAUGGCACAAAAAAGUAAAGCCUAUGUUGAUGACUUGUUGGACAUGUCGGAUCCUCCAGAAACUAACAAUUGCCAGAGCGAAGUCUCACAAUAUUACAAGGGACGUAACGUUCUCAUAACGGGUGCUUCCGGUUUCUUCGGUAUACUUCUGAUAGAAAGAUUACUGCGAUGCUGCCCGGGCAUAGGUAAGAUAUAUAUAACUAUGAAGAGCAAGAAAGGAAAAUCAGUGGAAGAUCGGUUCAAAGAACACUUCGAUGACGUUAUUUACGAUAGAUUGAAGAAAGAACAGCCUGAUUAUAUCACUAAAGUAAUAAUGAUAGAGGCCGACUUCGGUGAAGUAAAUCUGGGCUUGUCACCGGAAAACCGGAAACGUCUCUUAGAUACAAAUAUAAUCUUCCACAUGGCAGCCAUCGUGCGAUUUAACGAAACAAUUCGAAAUGUGAUCAAUGUUAACGUGAGGGGAACUAAAGAAAUUCUCCUUUUUAUGAAAGAGAUGCCGAAUUUAGAGGCAUUCGUUUAUACAUCGACUGCGUAUUCUCAUUGUGUGUACAUGUCAAUCGAUGAGAAGUAUUAUCCUCCUCCUUUCGAGACAGACAAGAUAUUGAUGUUAUUAGAUGUUUUAGACGAUGAGAAACUGGAUCAAAUAACACCGAUAUUAAUAGGCAAAUGGCCGAAUACCUACGUGUUCAGCAAGGCGAUCGCCGAAGACACAGUACGACAAUAUGGCGUCGAAUUGCCGGUUUGUAUCGUACGUCCAUCGAUUGUAAUAUCAACGGCGAAAGAACCGGUAUCUGGAUGGGUCAACAACAUAUACGGAGCGGUAGGCGUAGUAAUGGGCAGUGCUUUAGGUUUGCUACAUACUUUAUAUUGCGUACCCGAAUAUAAAGCGGAUUUAAUGCCUGCCGAUUAUGUAAUAGCGAAUAUCAUUGUUGCGGGUUGGGAUAUCGCCAAAAGAAAAGAUAUUUUACUCAGCAUCGAUAACGCAAACCCGGACAUCCCGGAAAAUGAGAGAAAACCGAUUUACAAUUGCGUGUCGUCGUCUCAAAAUCCUAUUACUUGGAAAAAAUUUAUGAAGAUAAACGAGAAAUACGGCAUGCGCUUGGCGAGCACGAAAGUUUUCUGGUACUACAUGUUAUUUCUAGAGAAAUACAGAUUUGUAUAUAACAUAUACAAAAUAUUUUUGCAUAUAAUACCUGCUAUCAUAGUCGACGCUCUGGCUUACCUCACGGGCCGAAAACCGAUGUUAUUGAAGGUUUAUAAGAAAAUACAUAUAUUCAGCGAGGUGAUAGCUUUCUUCUCGACGCGUCAGUGGGAAUUUCAGAAUAACGCCGUUAUCAAGCUCUGGGAUCGUCUAAAUCCUGUUGAUCGUGAGAUUUUCAACUUUAACAUGCGAGACGUGGAUUGGGAAGAACAUUUGAAAAACAUAAUAUAUGGUAUUCGUAUAUAUAUAUUUAAAGAGACACGUGAAAUUUCGGAAGAAGCAAUCGUGAAAUAUAGAAGGUUGAAAAUCGCUCAUUACACAUUGUUAACUAUUUUCUGGAUUUUGAUAAUGUGGGUUAUCGUAAGUCUAAUAAAUUUUUUAUUGUUGUUCUUUCUGUAGAAAUUUUUGUAACUUGUUGAACUACAAUUAUUGUUAAAUUAAUGUUA